AUUGUUAAAGAUUUCACACCCUCCUCUUCCCAAAGAAAAAAAAUCUGCCAUAAACUUUUCUUUCAUCUCUAUCUAUCCGGUUUUUGAUCUUUCAUAUCUCUGAUUUACAUGGAAAAUGGAUGGGGGCUAACUCUUGAAAAUUCCAUCUUUAAGAACGGUUUGGGCUCCAGUCGUCCGAGAUUUGAUACUGCUAACAUGUUUCCGGUGAAGAAAGACGACGGCGAGAGGCGGCAGCAGGCGGUUCUAAAUGAAGUUGAUUUCUUCUCUGAGAAGAAGAAGCCAGUUGACAGCGGCUUUGUUGUGAAGAAGGAAACAUCAAAUGAUGAACCUCAUAUCAGGACUGAUUUGAAUAUAAACACUGGUCUGCAACUUGUGACUGCUAACACCGGAAGUGAUCAGUCAACGAUAGACGAUGGUGUUUCAUCGGAAAUGGAAGAGCGACGAGUAAAAGAUGAGGUUGCAGGAUUGCAAGCUGAGCUUGAAAGAAUGAAUGGCGAAAAUCAAAGAUUGAAAGGGAUGCUCACUCAAGUCACCAACAAUUACACUGCUUUGGAGAUGCAUCUCGCGGCACUGAUGCAGCAGAAGAAAAAUUCAAUGGCAGAAUGUGCACAUGAGGUUGUGGACAGGAAAUCCGAGGAAAAGAAAUAUGAGAAAGAAGGAAGCACGGUUCCUAGACAAUUCUUGGACCUGGGCCCCAGUGGUCUUACUGGCGCUGAGCAAACAGACGAGCCGACUCACUCUCCGACCACCUCAUCGGAAGAAAAAACAAUCUCCGCUUCGCCGAGGAACAACGUGGAUUCAUCAAAGCACAAACGUUCUGCGAGGGAAGAAAGCCCAGAUUUGGAAAGCUGGAAUCCUAACAAAGCUCCCAAAUCCAUAAUUUCUUCUUCUUCUUCAAGGCCAGUUGAUGAUCAGCAAGCUUCUACUGAUGCUACCAUGAGGAAAGCCCGUGUUUCUGUCCGUGCCCGAUCUGAAGCCCCCAUGAUUAGUGAUGGGUGUCAAUGGAGGAAAUAUGGACAGAAAAUGGCUAAAGGAAACCCAUGUCCACGGGCUUAUUAUAGAUGCACCAUGGCUGUUGCUUGUCCCGUUCGCAAACAAGUGCAAAGGUGUGCUGAGGAUCGGACCAUUUUGACCACCACAUAUGAAGGCACACACAACCAUCCUCUCCCGCCGGCAGCCAUGGCCAUGGCGUCAACCACCUCCGCCGCCGCGAAUAUGCUGCUUUCCGGCUCCAUGCCCAGCGGUGAUAUGAUGAUGAAUCCAAAUUUUCUUGCAAGGGCAAUUCUCCCAUGCUCUUCUAGCGUGGCCACAAUUUCCGCUUCCGCACCAUUCCCCACUGUCACUCUGGACCUCACCCAAACCCCCACCUCCCUUCCUAAUUACCCUAGACUCCCUCCCUCCCAAUUCCCCGGCGCCGGCGCCCCUCAUAGCCUUCCAGGUUUCGCUGUAACCCCGCCGCAAUUGUUUGGGCAGGGCUUAUAUUCUCAGUCCAAGUUUUCUGGGCUUCAAGUUUCUCAUGAAGCGCAACACCCACUCCUCCCGCCUGCACACCCUUCUUUAUCCGACACCUUGAGCGCCGCCACGGCCGCUAUAACCGCCGAUCCCAACUUCACCGCCGCUCUCGCCGCCGCCAUCUCUUCUAUCCUCAACGGUUCACAGCCAAACAUUGUUAAUAGCACCAAUAAUAAUACCACCGCAACGGCCAAUGCACCCAAUAGUAACCCUACAAACAAUUGCAACAAAACGCACUAGCUGUUUCUUGGACAUGGAAAAGUUUUAUGCUUCAUUACUUUUCUUUCUUCUUUUUUUUUUUGUAAUAUUUAAUGUUAAUUAGUUUUGUUAUUUUUAUAUUUAUAUAUAUUUUUGGUGGGGGUGUUAGAGAGAGAUACAUAGAGGAUGAGCAUGAGGACUUAGGAUACACAUAUUUUUGAUUCUUUGGUAUAUUGUUACAUACCUAAGAAUAAUAUGCUUUUCGUCCGGUGUAAAAAUUAUACAUCCAGUGGAUUAUGUUGUUGUUUAAAUGCUUGUCUUUUUAUAUUUACAGGCAAUAUUUCAGGUGAGUA